AUACAAAAUGGAAAAAGAUUAUUUCCAGCUAAUGAAAUAGAAAAAAAAGUCAAAAUGUUUGGUUUUAAACGUUCAUCUGUGCAGUUAUUAGUGAUUUUGUCCUGGUGUUUGCAAGAGUGGACGUUUAGUAACGUGGUAUUAUGGUAUAUAUUCGCGUGCGGGGUAUGGUUGUCUGGAUUGUUGUGUUUGCUGACAUAUGACCAUGACUAUUGGUCGGAUAGGGGGGUGUUUUCACCCCCUGCGUGGCCUCUUGUCGGCCACAUACUAUCUGUGGUCCUCUUUAGGGAGCAGGGAGGGAUCUGCUUCCUUAAGAUCUAUAAUAAAUAUAGACAUCUCAGGUUUUUGGGCACCCACCAGUUUUUCCAACGAACCCUGGUUAUCCUGGACCCAGCCCUCAUCAGACGGGUGUGUGUGGCCGACUUCUCGCACUUCGUAGAUCGCGGCUUCUUCUUCAAUGAGGAAGUGGAUCCCCUAGCGGGGUCUGUGCUGUUUCUAAGAGGACAGGAAUGGCGCCGGCUGAGGGCCAAGAUAUCCCCUAUAUUCUCGCCAAACAAACUGAAAGGCAUGUUCCCAAUAAUAGAGAACACGGCUCAAGAGUUCAUCAAGCGCGUCACAACGCUGCACUCCGACUCCGUGGUAGACUCGGAGCGUCUCCUCGGCGGCUAUACGGCGGACGCCAUACGCGUCACAACGCUGCACUCCAACUCCGUGGUAGACUCGGAGCGUCUCCUCGGCGGCUAUACGGCGGACGCCAUAGUGCCCUGUGCGUUCGGCGUCAAGAGCCACGUCAUGGACGAUGAGAAGGACCCGUUUGCUGUGGCGCUACACGCCUUUUAUGAGAUGACGCCGUUCAAUCUGUUCGAGAAGACCAUGAGGCAGUUCUGGCCCGCGUUCUGCAUGUUCUUCAGACUGAAGAUUAUCCCACAGAAGACGCACGACUUCUUCUACAACAUAGUCACUAGCGUAUUGAGGGACCGAGAGAAUGGCGUGCCGGAUAAGCGGGGUGACUUCAUAGACAUGAUGAUGGCUCUUCGGAACGACGACAAGAACAACAACCGGGCGGAUAAGGACGAAGAUCACGUAGAAAUCACGGACAUGGUGAUAUCAGCCAACGCCUUCAUAAUAUUCCUCGGCGGUUUCGAAACCACUUCUGCGACCCUCGCCUUCCUGCUCCUGGAGCUGGCUGCCCAUCCAGACGUCCAGGAGAAGCUGAGACAGGAGAUACUGCACGUGGUGGGAGAGAGGGAGAUGACGUAUGACAUGCUGCAGGAACUGACGUAUAUGGAUAUGGUUAUACAAGAGACGUUGAGACUGUACCCGCCCUUCCCUAACAUCCAGCGGAUGUGUACCAGAGACUACGUCAUCCCGGAAACUGGGCACAUCAUCGAGAAGGGCACAGUGGUGCUGUUCCCCACUCUUGCCAUACAGAGGGAUGAGCAGUUCUUCAACUCAGCCGGGUCAUUUAAUCCAGAGCGGUGGCGCGGCCCAGCGCCGCCGCCGGGCGUCUACAUGCCGUUUGGUGAUGGACCUCGCGUCUGUAUCGGUAAAAGAUUCGCGAUGAUCCAGAUGAAGUGCUGCAUCGCGCGCCUUCUGCGUGCGGUCCGCGUGUCGCCCGCGCCCCGCGCCGCGCCGCGCGUGCGCCCCUUCCGCCCCGACCCGCGCUCGCCGCUCGCGCUGCACCCCGGCGACUCCACUGUCACCAUCAGUCGCGUGACGUCCGCGUAGCGUCGUCGAGCGUGGAUCGCGUGUCGCUAGUGUGUCGCCGACGCAUUA